ACAGCAUGUCGUUGUAUCCGCUCGAGGACGCCUUCCGUUGCGCGCGCGCCGCGCCGGUGGGACGACGUGCCGCCGCAUGAGGGCCCCGCGCGGCGCGGGCUCACAGAGUUCCCCCGGCGCCCGGUGCUUUUCUGCCGCGGGGCUGCUGUUUUUGGUCUAAACCGUCGGCGAUCAGUGCCCCGUGUUUUCUCUAGCAACUCGGCAUCAUGACCCCCCGUGGCAGCUGCUAGUCAGUUUUUUUUAAAUCAGCUGCUAGGCAGCUACCAGCACUCGUCAGUGUACACCAAAAAAAAUGAGUAGCUCAUGUAUAAAUGUAUAAUAUAGUAGUAGCACGGUCCAAAAUGAAUAGCUCAUGUAUAAAUCUGAAUACCUUGCGGGUGCACUACUAACUCCUUUUGGACCUUUUCUUUUGUUACCGUGCAAGGCUUCUAGUUCGGGUCAGAGCUUAACGCCUCUGCUGGGACUGGGAGCUCAGGAACAGGAAACGGGCAAGGACAGUAGCAAUCUCGAGCACAGGGCGUCCAAUAUAGUCCUGUGCCUGGUGUUCUUGGAAGUCGCGGCCUUCUACGGGGUCUACCUGAACCUAGUCGUGUACCUCCAGGACGUCCUCCAUGGGGACAGCGCUUCCAACGCGGCGGCCGUCAGUCUCUGGGCCGGUGCGAGCUACCUGAUGCCCGUGAUCGGCGCCGCCAUCGCCGAUACUUACUGGGGCAAGUACAAGACGGUGCUCGUCGGCCUCUCCAUAUCUCUCGCCGGGAUGGUCGUGGUCACGGCAUCGGCUACUGUGCCGUCGCUGAGGCCUCCGCCGUGCGAGCACGCCGCGUACUGCGCCCCGGCGACUCUGACCCAGCGGCUGGUGUUCUUCGCUGGCAUAUACCUGUGCGCCGUCGGGACCGGCAGCGCGAAGGCGGUCAUAGUCUCGUUCGGGGCGGAGCAGUUCGACGACGACGGCAUCGGCGAGAGCGCAGCGGAGCGGGAGAGGAAGGCGUCCUACUUCAGCUGGUACUACGGCGUGGGCAACCUGGCCGUGGUCACCUCGGGGACCCUGCUGGUCUGGGCCGAGGAAAAGGUUAGCUGGGGGAUCGGGUACGCCGUCUGCGCGGCGUUGGUGGCGGCGGCCGUCGCCGGCCUCGCCGCGACGGCGCCCGCGUACCGGAUCGUGCCCCCGGUGGGUAGCCCGUUGAAGGGCGCGUGCCAGGUGCUCGUCGCGCUAGCUCACAAGGUGAACGUGAGGGUACCUGAAGAUGCUGCCGAGCUGUACGAGGAGGUGCGCGUCAAGGCACCGUUGCUUGAACCAGCGCGCGAGCAGCUGGAGCACACCAACCAGUUCAGGUUCGUGGACAAGGCCGCCGUCGUCACAGGCGCGGACCUUGAAGACGCCAGCCCGUGGAGGCUGUGCACGGUGACCCAAGUGGAGGAGGUCAAGACUCUGCUCCGGCUGAUCCCGAUCUGGCUCACGUCGGCCGUCUACUUCGUCGCCAACUCCCAGUCGCAGACCACCUUCGUGCAGCAGGGCACGAUGACGGACUCCAGGAUCGCCGGCGGCGCCUUCUCCGUCCCGGCCGCGUCGCUGACGAGCGUCCAGACGGUGUUCGUGGUCGCCUCCAUCGCGCUCUACAACCGGGCCGUCGCGCCCGCGGCGCGCCGCUUCCUGGGCCGCGCGGAGGCGCUCACGCCGCUGCAGCUCAUGGGGCUCGGGCACGGCGCGGUGACCGCCGCGGUGGCCCUCGCCGCGUGCGCCGAGGCGCGCCGGCUGGCGGGCGUGAGGGCCGGCGCGGCGCCCAUGGGCAUCGCGUGGCUGCUGCCGCAGUACGUGGUGAUGGCCGUCUCCGACGCGUCGCUCAGCAUCGGGCAGCUGGAGUUCUUCUACGACCAGGCGCCGGAGACGAUGCGGGGCUCGUCGACGGCGUUCUACUUCCUGUCCUGCUCGAUCGGGAACCUCCUCAGCUCGCAGCUGGUGACGCUGGUGGCGUCGGUGACCGCGGCGGGCGGGGGGAAGGGGUGGCUCCCGCCGGACAUGGACAAUGGGCACCUGGAUUACUACUUCCUACUCCUCGUCGGCAUCACCGCGUUGAACUUUGUCCUUUUUGUUUACCUCGCAAAGAAUUACACGCCCAAGAGAAUUAGAUAGUAUUCUCUUAUUUCUUGUGUAGUCCAUGAAAAUGCAAAUAUAAACUUGACUAGGUUGUUAGCGGAUAGUGUCGGGAGGUACAGGCGUAUGACAGCUCACACCCUCCUUAGACAGCAUAGUACCUUGGCGUCCCGGUCCAUGUCUCACAGUCUCAGCGUGCCGGUGGACUCCGGGAUGCCCUAGGGCUGAGUGGUAGGGUGGCAUCCUUUCUGGUAGAAGGCAGUCUAGUAUCGGCCUAGACGGUGGCCACCGUCGAUGAUAGCGAUCUUGUGGGUACAUGUGUACAAGUUCUGCAGAGUUGAUUGAUCUAUACAUAUAGUCGCGUCCUCGGAUAUGGACACUCCUA